GUGGCGUCAAUAUUUAAGCUCUAUCCUGUGACUAUCUCCUCUCCCAAAUCUUACAUCUUUAACAUAAUCAAUACUUCCGUUCACAGGAUUAAAUCGCAACCACCUGGCAUCCCCCCCCCCCCCAAUCUUCUCCAGAGUUUGUUUUAGGGGAGGGGAGCAGAUUUAAUUGAGCCGACACAUGAUGAGAAGUUGGCGAUUUUUAGUAGACAGCGAAACUCAUCCACAAGAAGGAGAGAGGGGGGACAUCAUCAUCGGUUUAUUUCAGCUCUUAAAUCAGCCAGUGGAUGAACUUCUGAGAGCGCACUGAACGGAAUAAAAGGAUUUGGAGAAAAUGAAAGGGUUUUGCGGAGUCCAUCAGCACCUGCAGCUCAUCCUGCUAUUGGCUGCUGCCAUGGCGAUGGCCCUGGAUUCGUCACACAACCUGGCCAGUGAGAGGAGUUCGAUAGAAAGCACGUAUGAGCUGACCAAAUACCUGGAGUAUCAGCUCAAGGAAAUCAAAGACGUAUAUCUCACCUACCUAGGACCUCCGUUCAAUGAGAAAGACUUCUCCCCUCCGCGGCCCAACAGCACAGCUCUGUCCCUGCCCAGCGCUGCCACCCGCCUGGAGCUUUGGCAUGGCCUGGAGAACCAAGCCCGUCUCGCCCAGAACCAGAAGGCCUACUCUGUGCUGCUGGCAGCCGUCAGGGAACUGGCCCGCUCCACCCUCUGCCCCUCCCUCAAGACCUCCCUGCUGCACUUUUGCACAGGCCUGGAUGGACUGCUGGGCUCGAUAUCCGCACUGAUGACCACACUCGGUUACGCACUUCCUCCUCCCUCCUCCUCUUCCUCCCCUUCACUCCUGUCAGUGGGGCCGACGAUGAACGACUUUGCCAGGAAGGUGGAGGGGUUUUGGAUAUUGCGGGAGCUGCAGAGUUGGCUGUGGCGAUCGGCGAAGGACUUCAACCGCCUCAAGAAGAGACUCAGAGGUUAAGAUGCUGAGACAGCGCACACAGAAAACACACAAACAUGCAGUAUAUUGGAAAUCUAUUAUUUGGACAAAAUCUAAGUGGAAAUAAACUGAGAGCGUUAGCAGACAAAAGCACAUAAACAUAUUCAUGCUUAAGACAUUCAUUCAUACCGUACUGGAAUAAGUGAAUGAAGGACUAUUUGGCAGGUCACCAGAAGCGCUAAUGGAAUAUAACACACACAAAGCCAACACAUUACCAGCACUGUCACUCGCCUAAUGCACAUAGCAGCUCUUUGAGCGAGACACACAGAGACUGGGCUGAGUUACCGGACUUCACGGCUCAUAGAUCAACAGAAAUACCACU